GAGUCCAGUCCUAUAGCAUUACUUCGUAGUUUUUCAAGCGAAAAAGGUAUAUUUAUUAUGUCGAUGAUUAUUACGACUUUUCCUCUAAUAAACCCACGAAAAAGCUAAUAAAGAGAUAAUAAAAGACAUGGAGGGGACUUCUGAGGGUAGUACGUCGUCUGUGACGGUAACAGAAGAAGCAUACAGCCCAGCCACGCAACAAAGGUUGUUAUUGAAGCUAAAAAAGCCUAAGAAUGACAAGAAAGUACAAUGGGAUACAAAGACUGUAGACAACGAACACAUGGACAAGAAGAAGUCAAAAUGCUGCUGUAUCUACAGUAAACCAAAAAUAUUUGGUGAAUCCUCCUCCUCCUCAUCUGAUAGUGAUUCAGAUGGUGGCUGCCCACACAAUGCUUACUGUACUGGUCACAAGAAAAAAUGUUCCCAUAAGCACCACCAUCAUCAUACUGAAGACCAUGGUGGUAGCCAAGGUCCAAAUGAUAAUCAAGGUCAACCAAGUCAUUAGAAUAUAUCAGAAACCCUAAAAAUAUUAUUGUCAGUUUCAACUUUUACUAUUCACUGGAGUGAUUAUCAUGAUCAACAGCCAUUUAGUCAGUCCCAUUUCUUUCUGGCUCAAAGUUACAGGUCAAAAUGAUGGGCGAGGCAAAGAUUUGAGCAGACAAGUCCCAUCUUAAAUUGUAUUGUUUUAAUCAAGACAUGGGUUGCCAGGGGGG